AUGGUGAGAGGGGCGGCCAUAGCGCUGUUGCUGGCGCUGGCAUGGGCGUGCUCGACACACGGCAGCGUGCUCGUGCCCACGUACGUGCUGCCGCCUGACUCGUUUGUGCGCGAUCAGCGCAGCCUCGGUGCACUACCCGCACACGACACUCAACACGCAGAAUCACAGAGAACAAUUAAACGACUGGUUGGCGGUCAUCUGAAGAUUAAACCAGAAAAAGAGUAUGGGGCCGCUAAAAAUUCAUUAACUUACAACGAGAAGACUAGUAGUGGUAAAUUCGCGAGCGUGACCGCGCCAGACCAGUCAGGCGGCAACGUGGGAUGGAAUCAAGGCAUAUGGGACGAUGGCAUGCUCAUGUCCAGCGCCGGUGAAGGCAAAGAUGCACCGAAGACUAAAGAGGUCGAUGAAGACAAAAAGACGUUAGCUGAUCAGGUGGCUGAAGGAAAAUAUGGUCUAAUACAAAAUGAAAUAUUCUCUAAGAAUCCCAAGCGGCCAGGAAUAGUCAGUUACGAACCCAACGCAGAGACUAGAACAAAAGAUAACCUUCAAAGUCUCGGUGGACUUAAGAAAGACGAAAUUUGGCUUGCUGAGGAUCAUUUGCUCGUAAUAAAAGGAGGAGCAUUCCCUGAGAGAACUAAAGAGACUGAGGGUAGACCAUGGCCACCCAUCGAUGAUUACCAAGCGCCUAACAGGCAAGUAAAGUUACCGCAGAAACCCAAAGUACCACCGCCCUUUCCGGUACGACUCUCCGACAACGGACCGCUCGUUUUCCUCACGCCAAACGGCAGUGUCCCUGCGUCCCUUUUCCCUUCCUUCUUUACAGGAGAAGGCGAAGGCCCUCUUCCUCCUACGCCAUUCCUAUUUCCAUCGGGAGCGCCCUACCCCGCGAGUGAUUAUCAGGGAAACACUACUUCCGGGGGAGCGCCGCAGCCAGGUCCUCCGUUCCCAUUCCUACCCGGGAAUGCGAGCGAAGGAGCAUUCCCCUUCCCCCCGUCCAUGAAUGGCUCUUUUCCAGAAGGCUUCCCACCGGGCGCAGUGUUUCUACCACCACCGAGCAACCAAACAGACCUUUACGACGAAGACGACCCUUCGAUUUAUUAUCCGCCGCCCUACAAUUUUUCCUACCGCGCUGACUACAACAAUAAAGUGCCUGCUGGCCCACUAGUACCUGGAAUAGUAUUGCCACCUCCACCGGACUUCUUCGCUCCAUUGGAGGAGAACACAACAGAGGCUGUUAAGACUACCACUGCUAGACCAACUACAGUGAAUACAUACACAAGGACAAAGACUACUACGAGACCGCCUACGACGCACACGGUGCAACGUACUAAGUACAAGACGCGACCUACCACAACAACCGAAGUGCCAAGGACUACUGAAAUACCAUCAACAAUUACGACUCCACCAGUCGAUAUAAUCACAACUUUGAAAACAAGGAAACCACAACGUAUACCGUCGAGACAUCCAGUGAGGAUUCAAAACUUGCCAGAUGAACACACAACGAGGACGAAAACCGAGAAACCUAUUUAUAAAACACGAACCAAGGUUACAUCGAAACCUCUCUCUGUCUCUGUUAUUUACGACUAUCCAGAGCCGGUUUACGACAACAAAGUGCCGACGACAUCUGAGAAACCGUACGUUCUAUAUGACGUACCACAGAGAACACCAGCUGUGACUACAAACGAGAUAUCCUCUACACAAAUACCACUGAGAGCUCAUUACUCAAAUGUACAAAACGAUGUGCCCACUACUAAACUGCAACCUAUCUAUAAUAACAGGAAACCAACCGAAAAUGCGUUCGCCUCGUUUUACUUCUACGAUGAACAGCCAAAAACGACGCCUUCACCAGCCACAUAUUUCGACGGCAGAAAUUAUUACAAGACAGUACCGGUAAAUCCAACUCCUUACCCUCAACAGCAGAAUAUCAAUACACAGACUGGCUUCAACCCAGCAGUGGAUAUUUCAUACGGAGCCAUUGACCAAGCUGAUGCAUUAUUCCUAUGGCCACAGAAGCACGGUCCACGCACUCUCACACAGGAAUAUUUCAGCAUACAGAAACCGAGACCACAGCCUGUCUACGUGCAGCAGCAGAAACAGAGGCCUGAUGCUUUCUACCAACAGAUUGCUGACAUACAACAAACUAUUGAUUUCUUUACGACGAAGAGACCCAAAGCACACUCUCACAGGCCGCACACACACAAGCCUAAAGCUAUUACAGGAAGGCCAGUAUAUCAGUUUAGCUACCAAUCCCAACCAAGACCUGAACAACUGCCCUUCCGGGCACCUAAAUUGGAUCCUGAACCAUUCAGGCCCAUGGUCAGCUAUAGUAAGCCUUUUAAUCUAGCCAAUGAUUUCAACGCUAUAACCCCGUCAGUAUCACCUGGGUACCAACAAUAUUUGGUGGAAAACGUGCAAGUGACGACAGAAUCGCCCACCUCUAGCCGAUACUAUCCCACCACAAAAACACAAGACGAUGACUACGAAGACGCUUCUUUCUCGAAAGAUAAGAAAAACCGUAACCAAGCUCAGAUGCAAGGCGAUCAGCCCGCGCAUGUUCGGCAUGUAACUAGGUAUCCAAACACUACGCCAAACCCGAUUAGCCAAGGAUAUUACACGAAACAGGACGAGACUUACUUCGAUGAUAUAACAAAGAACUCGUUCGAUGUUUUCGGUAAAAAACUAGAAGACAACACACACGAUGUAAAUGGAUUAGCGGUGACAGCUCCGCUCGACACGGUCAGGACACCGAUCAAUAACAAUAUAAACCUCCAAUAUGCGUACGAGUUAGUGGAAAACCAGAGCCCUAACCCGCCGUCUUUGGACAGAGAUACUCUCGUCAACUACCGACUGCCGAGACCCACAGUCAAUCCAGAGAGUGAACCAGUCCCGCAAGUGAACGCUGAACUAGUGCAGCAGAAGCCAGCCUCACUAGCAGACGAUACGUUAGUCAAUGAUCGUUUCCCACGACCAACGAUAAACCCAGACAGCGAGUUUAUUCCCAUUGCGAACCCCGGCUACAGGACAGCACAGGAGUACAGAGCGCCUACACAGGUGCAGAGGCCUCAGUUCACAGGCGAGCAGUACGACUUGAAUAGGCCAUCGCUAGCGGGCGAUACGGCUGUCAACUACAAGCGGCCGCUGCCGGCGGUGAACCCCGACGCGGAGUGGAUCGGGCCCGUGAACACGGCGGGCGAGGGCCGGCCCGGGUCCUUCGUGUCGUACCGUCUGCCGGGCGAGGGCGCGCACGUGUACUUCCUGACGCCGCAGGCGGCGCAGGCCGCGCGGGACCGGUACCGCGCGCCGGGCUACGGCCGGUGA